AUGGCAACUGAACGUACUUACAUUAUGGUCAAACCUGAUGGUGUUGAGCGAGGUCUCGUUGGUGAGAUUGUUAAGCGUUUCGAGAAUAAAGGUUAUCAAAUGUUGGCUCUUCAAAUGAUUCAACCAACAAAAGCACUUUUGGAAGAACAUUAUACUGAUCUCAAAGAAAAACCCUUUUUCCCGGGUCUUAUUAAAUAUAUGUUAGCUGGACCUGUUGUUGGAAUGGUAUGGAUCGGAAAAGAUAUUGUGAAAGUUGGUCGUCGUCUUCUUGGCGAGACGAACCCGCUUGCAUCGAAUCCUGGCACUAUUCGUGGUGACUUUGGUAUUGAUGUCGGACGUAAUAUCUGCCAUGGUUCUGAUAGUCCAGCUAAUGCUGAAAGAGAAAUUAGUUUAUGGUUCCCUAAUGGGGUGGUUCAUUGGAAUCGUGCUCACGUCCAGAAUUUAAUUUAUGAAUAA